UGUCACCCGGCAAUGGUGGCGCAGCCUUCGGCCGCCUUAUCGCGAGCUAUCGACCCGCCUCGCGGCCGCCAUCUUGUGCCGCGCAUGCGUAAAACAUAUGCGACACCACUGACGUUUCAACAAACCCCAGUAUCAUUCCGAAAUUUACGGAUAACUGUAAAUAAAAUUGUAAAUAGAAUUAAGACAAGAAACGUGAUAUUUUUUAUUUAAAAACGUAACUUUUAAAGGCAUGCCAGUGAGUGGAUAAACUUUAAAAAGUUCCCGCUGCAACUGUUUGAAGAGGCAACAACAUGAUCGACCCAAGCUCAUCGGAAGAAGACAGUGAAGAUGAACACAAGAAGCAGCCCACUAAAUUACCAGUUUUACCACCCGGGACCCUGGCGGGUGGUAGACCAUCAGUGCGAGGGAAACCAGAACUACCCCGAGGGUCCACAGCCGGUCUACCAGGUAAAGGUCCAAGUCCACUAACAACAGCACCGCUAGCAGCUCCCCUUCAUCCAGCCACCAGACAGAGAGAAGCUGCAGCGUUGGCACCACCUCCUCAUGCAUCGAGUAGAUCAUUCUUGCGCAGGACGUCGACUGGGAGUGCAAGUUCGGGGGAGGCUCCAGCUCCCUCACCAAGUCCCUCUGGUGCCAGUCAUUCUGAUAAGGACCAGGAUCCUCAGGAGAAAAUCGAAAAACUAGAGGAAGACAAAAAAAAGCGUAUCCAACUUUACGUUUUUGUAUCUCGGUGUAUUGCUCAUCCGUUUAACGCGAAACAGCCAACUGAUAUGACCAGAAGACAUACGAAGCUUACUCCUCAUCAACUGGAAACCAUUCAGGCACGGUUUCAGGCCUUCCUCAAGGGUGAGACACAGAUCCUGGCAGACGAGGCAUUCCAAAACGCAGUUCAAUCAUACCACGACGUUUUCCUAAAGUCAGAGAGAGUGGAACAGAUGGUGAAGUCUGGAGCGUGUUCUCAUCACGAUUUUCGCGAAGUCUUCAGAAACAACAUAGAGAAGAGAGUCAGGUCUCUCCCAGAAAUAGAUGGAUUAAGUAAAGAAACUGUUUUAUCAUCAUGGUUGGCAAAGUUUGAUUGUAUCAUGAAGGGCACAGGAAUAACAGGCAUACCGGGAGAUGAUGAGUCCAAAAGACCAUCUCGAGCUCAGCAGCAAAGCCUCAAUGCUGAAUGCAUCCUCAGCAAAGAACAGCUCUACGACAUGUUCCAGCAAAUCCUUGGAGUCAAGAAGUUUGAACACCAACUGCUUUUCAACGCUCUUCUUUUGGAUUCAGCUGAUGAACAGGCUGCAGCCAUCAGAAGAGAACUGGAUGGAAGAAUGCAAAAAGUUAACGAAAUGGAAAAGAAUCGCAAGCUAAUGCCGAAGUUCGUGCUGAAAGAGAUGGAAUCACUGUACAUCGAAGAAUUGAAGUCUUCAAUCAACUUACUGAUGGCCAACUUGGAGUCGUUGCCUGUCUCUAAAGGCGGCGCAGACUCCAAAUAUGGCCUCCAUAAAAUCAAGCGGUAUAAUCACAGGUCGAAUGCCGGACCAGAUCCGAGUCCAAGGUUGAGUAAGCAGCUGUGUUUCAGAUCGCAAGGCUCGCUUGCCAACAAGUUGACGGGCGAGGCUGAUGGCGGUGACGUCGACACUCAGCUCACGAAAAUGGAUGUAGUCCUAACAUUUCAAAUAGAGGUGGUUGUGAUGGAGGUGAAGGGUCUCAAGUCUUUAGCACCAAAUAGAAUAGUUUAUUGCACUAUGGAGGUUGAAGGCGGAGACAAACUUCAGACUGAUCAAGCAGAAGCCUCUAAGCCAAUGUGGGACACACAAGGUGACUUUAGUACGACACAGCCGUUGCCUGCAGUGAAAGUGAAGCUUUACACAGAAAACCCAGGAGUUCUGGCGCUGGAAGAUAAGGAGCUCGGCAAAGUUGUGCUGAGGCCGACACCUUUAUCUAGUAAAGUACCCGAAUGGCAUCGUAUGACAGUACCAAAGAAUCUACCUGACCAAGACUUAAGAAUCAAAAUCGCUUGCAGAAUGGACAAACCUCUCAAUAUGAAGCAUUGUGGCUACCUCCACGUUAUCGGCAAAAAUGUUUGGCGUAAAUGGAAGCGAAGAUACAUGGUGCUCGUCCAAGUCAGCCAGUACACGUUUGCCUUAUGUUCGUACAAAGAUAAGAAGUCAGAGCCAGCUGAAAUGAUGCAGCUAGAUGGAUUUACUGUGGACUACAUUGAGCUUGCAAGCGCUCAGCUGAUCGUCGGACAAGGUAAGGCAAACAAGAAAACAAUAGAAUUGGAAGGUGCUAAAUACUUCAUGAAUGCUGUUCGGGAUGGAGAGUCAGUUCUUAUGGGAGUUACUGAUGAAAAUGAAUGCCAUCUAUGGGUCAUGGCGUUGUAUAGAGCUACGGGACAGAGUCAUAAACCGACGCCGCCUACAACUUCAGAUACGCACCAUAAAAUUAUGGGAGAUGCCGACAAAGCGCGUAAACAUGGCAUGGAAGACUACAUUCAGGCUGAUCCAUGCCAGUACGAUCACCAUCAGCUGUUCUGUGUGCUGCAGUCUUUGACGCUGAAGUAUCGUCUACAAGAUCCAUAUUGUUCUCUGGGCUGGUUUUCCCCGGGUCAAGUAUUUGUCCUCGACGAGUACUGCGCAAGAUAUGGCGUGAGAGGCUGCUUCAGACAUCUUUGCUACCUAUCAGACCUUCUUGAUGUGGCUGAGAGUGGGUCUCAAACUGUGGAUCCCACUCUAAUGCACUACUCCUUCGCGUUCUGUGCCAGUCAUGUCCAUGGUAACAGAGUAAGCCCUACGCCGGAAGUGGUUCACAGUACAGCGACGUUGACUGGCAGGCCGGACGGGGUAGGCAGCAUCACUGUGCAAGAGAAAGAAAAGUUUGCGGAGAUAAAGGAAAGAUUGAAGGCGUUACUCCAGCAUCAGAUCACUAACUUUAGAUAUGCGUUCCCAUUUGGACGGCCCGAGGGAGCGCUUAAGGCCACACUGUCCCUCCUGGAAAGAGUAUUGAUGAAGGACGUGGUAACUCCGGUAGCGCCAGAGGAGGUCAGAGCGAUGAUACAGACCAGCUUGGAGAACGCAGCCUUGUUGAACUACACACAGCUUAGUCAGAAGGCGAACAUCGAAGAGGAUCUAAGAGGAGAAACAAUGGUUACGCCGGCGAAGAAACUAGAAGAUCUCAUACACUUAGCAGAACUGUGCGUAGAUCUGCUUCAACAAAAUGAAGAGCAUUAUGCAGAGGUUUAUAACACAAAACCGGACUCUAGCGGUCAACAAAAUGCCUUCGCGUGGUUUUCGGAGCUGUUGGUCGAGCAUGCUGAAAUCUUCUGGGCGUUAUUCGGAGUAGACAUGGAUAGAGUAUUAGCUGAACAACCCCCAGACACCUGGGAUUCCUUUCCUUUAUUCCAAAUCCUUAAUGAUUAUUUAAGAAGUGAUGCUCCUUUUGUCUCAUCGCCAGAAAAUCUAAAAGGUGGCAGGUUUCAUGAGCACCUACGGGAUACAUUUGCUCCUCUUGUUGUGAGAUAUGUGGACUUGAUGGAGUCCUCUAUAGCACAGUCCCUUCACAAAGGUUUCGAGAAGGAAAGGUGGGAGAUCAAAGGUAACGGCUGUUCCACGAGCGAGGAGUUGUUCUGGAAGCUGGAUGCGUUGCAGUGCUUCAUCAGGGACCUGCACUGGCCGGAGCCGGAGUUCCGCUCGCACCUGGAGCAGAGGCUGAAGCUGAUGGCAUGUGACAUGAUGGAGACAUGCAUACAAAGGACGGAGGCGUCGUUCCAGUCCUGGCUGAAGAAGAGUGUCACCUUCAUGUCGACGGACUACAUCCUGCCGGCGGAGACCUGCGCCAUGGUCAACGUGGCCCUCGACGCUAAGAACCAGGCACUGAAGUUAUGCGCAGUUGAAGGGGUAGAUAUUUACCAGUAUCACACCAAAAUGGAUGCGCAGAUUGAAGCCUGUCUCCAGGGUAUGGCGUCCGGGAUGACCACGAGGUUGUCUGCAGUGCUGGAAGCGACGCUCGCUAAGAUCGCAAGGUUCGAUGAAGGAAGUUUGAUCGGGUCCAUCCUGACGAUAGCCAACGUGUCAGGAUCGGGCAAGGACAUCGGCCAGGGUUACGUCAACUUCAUGCGGAACUCCAUGGACCAGAUCAGAUCGAAGGUCACAGAUGAGUUGUGGAUCCUGCAGCUGUUUGAGCAAUGGUACGGGAUUCAGGUGGGGCUGAUCAACACGUGGUUGGCUGAGAGGCCCGCGCUACAUCCACAGCAGGUCGCCUGCCUAUCUAUCAUUUUGAAAAAAAUGUACAGCGAUUUCGAACUGCAAGGCGUGAUCGAUGACAAGUUGAACUCGAAGAUAUACCAGAAUGUAGCAGCGAGGAUGCACACGGAAGAGGCCACAUGCAGCUUGCUACUCACCCAACAAGACGCUGGGGGCGGUGAUGAUGGAGGUUCAGAGGAGGGUUCCAGGAGUGGCAAGUCAAAACUCGAGGCACUCACGGAGGAAGCCAAGCUUGGAAAUGUUACCGCUGUUGUCGGAAAGGUUGGCAACAUCUUCGGUCGUGGUAUUGGAGAACUGUCAACGAAGCUUGGCGGCGCAUCGUCCUGGUUUUAAAUACAAUAAAUAUGUCAUAAAUAACAUUUCUUUGCCUACGUCGAUGUGAGAUGAAAUUACAAAGCUUUUUGUUAAUGCAUUGAGAUUAGAAUACAAGAAAAUAGGUGCCUAUAAUAAUAUUAAUACAUAAUUUUUAUCAUAUUACAGUCUAAGGUUCAACAGUAACUUACAAAAAGAAUCAAUCAAGAUUUUUAGCUAAAAUAUUUUAGUAAAAUAUAUUGCUUAAAUUAAAAAUAGUUCUAUGAUUCAUGGAUUAACAAAAAGCCUCACCUAUUCUGUGAUGAUGAUAAAACAAUCGUUUGCAUUCGAUAAAUAGAAUGUUCGCCAUUUUGAAUUAUAUAAAUCACUCCAAGAUGGCGUUUAAUGCGCUAGGUGUUAAUCAUAAGUGGCCAGUUAAUCAUAGCUUAGUGUGAUUAUAGUGUAAACGAGGAUUAGGUUUUGUUUUAUAUAAAAAAGGCUUUAUGUACAGUUAGGGGAUCAUUAUUCGUUUAUUGGAAGCAAAUAAAAAAUGUAUUACGUACGUGUGUAUAUUAAGAGUAGUAUUUGAUAAACACGAUUCGAAAAAAAUAUAAUAGUAUAUUAAAUUAUUACGAACGCAUACAUACACAAAAUGCUACAAUAAGAAAACAUAUCGCUUUGGCAAAAGUUAUAUUCUGUUAUAUUUAACGCGAUGUAUUGUAAUUAUUUACAAAAUUAUAUGUACUUAAAAAAAUAUUAAAAGAAUGGGGGGGUGGGUUGUGAGUGUGUGAAAGUAAGGAAUCCUUUCUCGAUUUAUCAAAGUUACGUUUUAUAUAUCUUUUAGAACUUGUUAUAAAUCUUCAAAGUGACUUUACUACAUAGUUUCCUGCAAAGUCUUAUAUAUUUUAUUCACAUAUUUCAUUCUAUUUACGAGUGACAAGCACGUUAACAUUAACAGCAAAACAACGUUUUCAAUGCAACUCUUUCUAUACCUAAGAAACAGUAUUUUUCUAAUUAACAAAUCCACUUUUUAAAACAUCGGUUUGAUCUCUUUAUUAAAUCUACAAUGCAUUUUUAUAAAAUACAAAAUAGGCGCGAUACAGCUUAUUUAUUUUUCGAAUUCAAAUAUUGCAAGUAAAAAUAAACCUCCCCGCUUUUUGGGUAAAACUUGUUUUUUAUAAGAAUGCAUCUUUAAAUUUACAAGUUAGCCACUUUUCGCUAUAGUAUAUUUAUCUAUAUUUUAAAAGCUCUCUAGAUCUAAUGAAAAAUCUAGCGACACUUUACCUUGAUUAGUCGUCAAAAUAAUACAUAACUAUUUACUAAAAAAUACUAUUAAUAGUUAUAUUUGUUAACAAAAUAAUAUUCUUCUACGCUAAACACCUUACAAAUUUUUGAACUAGGAGAAAAUUUAAAGUACUUAGAUGAAAGUUUAAUGAUUAAUAUAGCGGUUAGUCGCUAUGCUGAUUCGCCUUACUAAUGUCUUGUUCGGAACGGCUUGGAAAAUAGAAUACUUGUCUUACUUUAUUCUAAGUACCUAUUUAUUCUCACUUGGUUUGUCCUUUCUAUCGUUCAUUUGUUGGUUCAAAAUUAAGCUUGGAAGCUUCGAAAAUUAUAUGGAUAAGGAUAAAAUAACAAAAUGCGUGUUCUUAAACAGAUUAGUAGGCUCGUCAAGUUAUUGAAAGUAUAUUAGAGAAUGAUAAAAAUCGCAGUAUCUGUAAUGAAAUAUUGAGAUAUUGACUGUGAAUCCUAAAGUCCAGCACCGAACGACUUGGUAUAGAGGUGAAUGUAGUUAUUCCCAAUAUUUUAUCAUAACACGAAAUUAUAUAAACACUUUAAAUAGAACUAUAUCGGCACAGUAAUCUUGUAACGAUAGUAGUGCUCAUAUAUCGAAUGUAAGGAAUAAUCAAAUUGAUAUAUUAACCAAUGUUACAUCUGUAUUUUAAUUUGUUAAUCCCAGUUUAUUGAUUUGUGAAAACAAUCCUAUAUUUGUUAUACCUUUUAAUUGAAAGCCAGUACCUUGUAGACCUACCAUCCACAAACUACACGAGUUUACACAACCAAAAAGAUGAAAAACAUGAAUUAAAAAUGUAUUUAAGUGUACUGGAUACGUUAAAUUCUUUCUGUUUUUGAGUUAUUGUGUAUUAUGUUGGUAAAGAGCUCAAUAGAAUGAAAAUGUCAGUUUUGUAGUGUCUAAGUGCAUUAUAAGAGCCGACUGAAGAUGUAACUGCGUAGUAACAAGCUUGUAUUAUUUUGCCAUGUUGGAAACUCGCAAUGAAUCCGUGUAUCACUAUAAAACGUGCCUAUUUCAAACUACCUACUUACAUAUAAACAGCCGAUAGCUUCGUAAGGACACCAUUGCGAGUUUUCAAAAGCUUUGAAAAGCCAUUGAGUGCAUCGCGUGUGUAAGGGGAUAACAAUAAAAAAUAUUUACAAUAAAAAUGUUUACUGUUC